UUGUCAAGACUGGAGGACAUGCGGGCUUGCGUACACAAGAUUAACUCAAAAUUGAAUCGUAGAAAACUUUACGAAUAUAAAAUCAAAAUUUGCAUGAAUAAUUUAGUUUGAGUUGAUCGUGAACCGAUUCAAGUAAAAUUGUAAAUUUGAGUGCAAAACGAAAUGACAAAAUACUUUGUGAAUACAAUCGCCAAUAGAAACGAUUACACGCCACGUUACUAUUCGUCAUAUUUGCCGACCUACUACAAUAGUUACUACAGUCCAUACUAUAGUUCAUUGUAUCGAUAUCCAUCAAGCUAUAUAUCUAGCAUUAAUCGUCCGUAUAGAUACAACAUUGACAACAACUUGGACAUCCCUGAUUACAAAUACAGAUAUUACACAACAUUUACACCAAGAACAGUUCCCCCAGUUUGGUCGCAAGCCGACAGAUAUUCUUUUGUUCAUGGUUUGACGUUCAGGGAGGCUGCAGCAGACAUUCGUUACUCGACCAGUAAAGUAUUGGAAGAUAUUCGAUCCCCUCGUUCAGGUAGUGUGCCACGUUGCACACGCGCUCCAAGUGUCGACACUGACGGUAAUUGGUUGGAUUCGGUUUGCCAUACGCGAAGAGCUGUGAGUCGGGGCAGAUUGAGCCAACCUCCCUCAUACCACAACAUUUCGAAAUGCAUAGUCUAUUAGUGUCUCUGGUUGUGACCCAAAAUAAUGAGACUUUUCAAUUAAAUAGCUACAUCGAUAUGAGAUGAACAGAAAACGCUCAUUGCACCAACGUACAUAGAACACUUCGCGAAACUGUCAACUUCGGGGACCAUUGGCAUUUUUGCAAGAAAAUGCAACUUGACGAAAAAAUAUUAUUUUUUUCAAGUUGUAUUUUCCAUAUGAAAAUGCCAAUAGGCCCAGAAGUUGACAGCUCGUGAAGUGCUCUGUAUUCGCUUAAUAUGUACGCAUAUCAUUAUAUACUCGCUUGUGUGUUUUUUCCCGAUUUUAAAAGCGAACAAAAUUAAGAGCGAAUGCGCUACACGUGCAAAGAUUUAUAAUUAUGAAAUAUUAAAACGCAUCGUUAACUGA